AUGUACCGCCAGAUACUAGUUGAACCAAGCCAGCGGUCACUACAAAAAAUAUUAUGGCGUUCUAGUCCUUCCGAAGAUGUAAAAGUUUACAAACUAAAUACUGUUACCUAUGGGCAAGCUUGUGCUAGUUUUCUAUCAAUUCGAUGUCUAUUCCAGUUAGCAGACGAAUAUGAAAAAAUUAACCCAGAUAUUGCGAAUAUCAUUCGUCAAGAUUUUUAUGUCGACCAUUUGUUGACCGGUGCGGAUUCUAUUCCAGAUGCUCAAUAUAUAUGCAAUGAAAUUUCAAAGGUCUUAAAAGACGGUUGUUUCGAGCUGCGUAAAUGGUAUUCCAAUGAACCUAGCGUUGUAAGUCAUAUGGAUAACGCUACUAGUUCUUGUGAGGUCUUAGAAUUCACCGCAGGGGAAAAGGCAAAAACCUUGGGUUUAACUUGGUCUUGUCAAGAUGAUUUUCUUAUGUAUCAUAUCGAAGAAAUUCCUUUUAAAAGUAAUUAUACAAAAAGAAGCGUUCUGUCAGUAUUAUCCAAGCUAUUCGAUCCUUUAGGACUCCUAUCACCGUGUAUUGUGCUAGCAAAGAUUUUCAUGCAACGCUUAUGGCUACAAAAGGUAUCUUGGGAUGAGCCAUUGACACUUUCCUUAUCGAACGAAUGGUCUAAAUUCUGUAAAGAUUUACCCAAUUUAAAUUCAUUGCAAAUUAGUCGUCAUGUCCUAGCUGAUUUUCCAAGUUCGUUAGAAAUACACGGAUUUUCAGAUGCCUCCGAGAGAGCCUAUGGGGCUUGCCUAUAUAUAAAAUCAAUUGAUUCAAAGGGUUUUUCAGUCAUCAACCUUUAA